CCCUCUGGGGUGGGUGUUCUGGUUACGCGCAUCCACGUCGCUGCCGCUCGCGCCCUCUCCCACCUCCCUCUCCGCCGGCUCCCGGGGCCGAAUGAGGGCACUCGGUAGCGGAGAUUUGGGAUUUCGGACUCCAGCUCUCCACUCCUUCCAAGUGCGCUGGUCCCCUCGCUUCCGGAGCAUCUCUUUCCAGGAUAAGACAUCAUCUGGGCCACGGGCGACGUCCCAGACCGCUUCCUCCCCUCCCUCCUCAGUUCCUUCCUUUUUUCCUCCCCGAGCCCGGCCCCCCUUGGGCUCCCCAGCCCCUCACACUCAAAGCAGAUGCGGGAUCGGAUCGGAGGAAGGAGGGCUCGGGUCCAACACACUCCUGGGGGUCCUGGAUUCCCAGGAAGAACGGCAGUGACCCCGUACGGACCGGGGACCCAGGCAGGCAGCCCGGGAAGAGGGAGAUUAUGCUGUACAGACAGAUGUAAAGACCCACGUAACAACGUGUGUGAACUGCCCUCAAGGCCGGCUCAGGAGAUGAGGUGCGAAGAACCCAGUUUCAACCAAGUGGCAUAUCCAAGAAGAUGCCAUCGCAGUGUUGGUUUGUGUUUCUUUCCCACUGACCCUGCGGGCGAAGAGACCCUGAUCACUCCACCGGAACAGACCGCACUCAGCCCAUGUCACACUGCCAGGUAGAUGGACUAUAAGGUACUUGCCCAACAAACUGCUCAAGAGAUUUUAGGUUACAGUCAAGAUACAUCAAGCUGGAAAGUGGUUAAAUCUUCUAAAAAAAUAACUGUUUCUAGCAAGGCUUCUAAAAAAUUCCUUGGAAAUCUAUAUCGUGUUGAAGGAAUAAUUUCAGAAUCAACAUCUAAACUAGCUGAUUUCCUCUUCAAGCCUGAAAUUAGAAUUACAUGGGAUAAAUCAUUGAAAGAGUACACUCUGAUACACAAGAUUGAUUCGGACACAUUCAUAUGUCAUGCCGUUACACAAAGUUUUGCCAUGGGCUCCAUUUCCUCCCGAGACUUUAUCAACAUGGUAUACUUCAAGCGCUGUGACGGGAAUGUGUAUGUGAUCAGCUCUAUAAGUGUGGAUUUUCCAGGAUUUCCUCCAUCUUCACAUUACAUCCGUGGUUAUAACCAUGCUUCUGGCUUUGUCUGUUCACCUCUGAACGAUAAUCCAGCACAAUCCAAACUAGUGAUGUUUGUCCAGACAGAAAUGAAGGGGAAAUUGUCCCCAUCAAUAAUUGAAGCAACUAUGCCUUCCAACUUAGUGGCCCUCAUCCUCAAUGCAAAAGAUGGAAUAAAGACAUACAAAGGUCCGCCAGAUCGUGGAUAUAACCGUAAUAGCCAGUCACUCCAUAAGAAGAAAUGAGGUUGUUUACAACGAGGCCAUAUAAAAUCAUGUGUGGCAGUUACUGCAGUUUACUUCUAAGUCAAUAUGCAUAAGUACUGUUAAACUUUUCUAGACAGUAUUCUUGUACAAAUUAUUGAAGGUACGUUGUGGAAAUAAGAACUCAUAGUUGUACAGGAGAACAGUCUU